UUCGUUAAAUUCCCUUGACAACAAUAACGUCAAUAAUGUCUCACAAAUCAUCGAUUUCAAGUCAGAAUCUACAAAGACUCAAUCAUUGACUGAUGUUGAUCUUGACGAUGAUAUCGCUCAUGAAACUAUCGACGAACUUGACGAACAAAUUAAUGGAAUUACAAGAUACAGAUGGCGAUGUGGUACAUGUUGUAGAAGUGGAAGACAUUUUCGUUGUUGGCGAUGCGCUUCAGGAAGAUACACCGGACAACAAUUUGGACGCUAUUGGUAUUGUGUAUAUUGUUUUAUGCAACCAAAUAUUAGGUAUUAUAAUUGCGAGAGAUGCAUUCGAGGAAGGAUGACAGCACCCAUACGUCCUUUACGUAACUGUUAA